GGAGCUAGCUUUAGCACAAACUAACAAAAUAUUGAUACUGUAAUCAGCACAAGAGGUUUCUUUUUCACGGAGCUACGUAUGAAUUUAUUUAGAACUUCCAUCCACAACAUUAACCCUGAAGAUGAGGACUAUAACUUCAACCAGUGGCCAAGUGGAAACUGUGGCUGUCAGAAGAAGCGAAUCAGCGGAUGCUGAGGGGAUUGACAGCCUCAUCAGCCCCUCAGCUCUGGAGGUGUUUGGAAAGGUCAAUGUAAUUCAUCUUCUGGAGAAAGCCAACCUGGCAGUGACGCUGGCCAAUGAGAAGGACGACAUCUUGGCUCACGCUUCCUUCUUCGAUCACCCUGUUGGAGACUUGGUGGAUCAGGCUCACUGGGAACCUUUCAUGCAGAAACACUUCAGAGCUGAAAAAUGCACACCUUUCAACACACUCUUCACCCACCUGUUCGUUGCAGAGCCGAGCUUCGCCGCAGCAAGUCUAAAGGAAAUAAUGAGAGCUGUCUUUAACGCCGUCGCAGAGCUUGAAUACGUCUGCCUGAUCAGCCCAAAUGCCGACGGUUCAGAGCUGGGACUGGAUGAGGUGUUUGAGCCACUACAGCGCCUGACUGAGCCGGGGCCUCAGUGCUUAGCAUUAAUCUGCCACAGACAAGAUCACUGUCCAAGACUUCAUGUCCGCCCUGCCAGGGUUGAAGAUCAUGAUGACAUCGUGAGGAUAUUUGCAGAGCGGACAAAACUACUGUCAGUCAUCGAUCAGCCGUACGUCCUGGCAGAGCUCAUUGAGGCUCAGAAUGAAGAAAACCACGCAGCUGUUUGUGAGAGUGACGGAGUCGCCGUCGGCUUCAUCAGUGUCACUGCUGAUGUUGAUGUGAAACAGCUGUGCGACAGCUUUGAGCUGAGCGAGUUCGACGGUUUGUACAAACCGCAGGAAAUGAGAUGCGAUGAAUCCGACGCUCGUUCUGACACGAGAGAAGACGAAGAAGCGCCGAGACAAACAUCAGAUUCACAGCAGUUACAGUCAUCUCAGCAGGAGACACAGUCGACCGGAGCAGGAGAGCUUUUGGAGAAACCCAAUGUUUUCUGUAUUCAGUUCUUUGUUAUUGACAUGAGUCAUGAAAUGAGAUCAGUGGACUUUAUUCCAUAUGUAUUUGAACGUUUCCCAGACCGGGACUUCUGCAUCAUCACAGUUUCCACGUUGUCCCCUGAGUUCCCGUUACUGCAGAGCUUCCUCAGGGUGCCGCCGCGCCCCGGCAGCACGCUGACCCGUGAACUUUACAUCCUCCCCCGCGUCGGGCUCAGGAGUGUGAAGGUGAGACCGGCUCUGGCUACAGACUGGCCUGCUGUCUCUGACCUGGUGAAGGGUCUGAGACUGAACAAGUCCCUGCUGCAGGACAUGGCCCUCUUCUACGAGACCCGCAAUGACCGGGAUGGGGUGCCGCUGCAGGCCUUUGUAGCCCAGGUGGACAGUCAGGUUGUAGGGAUGCUGAUCAUCAGAGAUGAGCGGGACAUCGAGUACAUCCGUGCCCACUACAACAUCGAGAACUUCAUCUAUUUCAGCCAUCAUUGCUACGAGGAGCACGCUCAGAUACGCCACUUUGUCCUCAAACCCUCCUUCCAACACUUCACCAAACACUUGUUUAAGGAGGUCCUUAGGCUGGCUCACAAAUCCUGCCUGUACCACAGAAUCUACCCCCCAAACCAGAGCCAGGAGAAUUCCUGCGUUCUUCAACUGGAUCUCAUCCUCAACUGCACAGUCCCCGUCCGCCCGCGACGCCAGAUCAUCUACCCACUGGAGGAGCUUGGCAUCAAUGCCCCUUCCAGGCGGAUCACCGAGGACCAGGCACCGUUUGCUCUCAGCCUCAUCAGCAGAAAGUUAACCAUGGAGCCAAAGGUCACCGUUAAUGCCAGGAUUGUGGUGGUGGGGGCGUCGGACACAGGUUUAUCUUUCCUCGAGGUGCUUUGUUUCUGCCCUCACCUCAGGUUCAACAAGCUGACCCUCAUCUCAACACACGGUUACCGCGGCGACUACAACGACGAGGACGUCGGAUUUCUGUCCACAAGUCAUGCGUACAGCAGCAGAGACUUGGCCCAGCUCCCUCUACAUUCCUGCGUCAAUGUGGUCACUGGGAAGAUGGUGGGCAUCAACAGGGAGUCCAAACUUGUUCUGGUGUCUGGUGGUAGGAAGGUGCCCUACGAUCACCUCAUCCUCUGUACAGGCCUGCAGUACCAGGUGCCCUGUCCCACCGGUGUGGAUCUGAGCCAGUCCAUCACAAACAGCCAGCUUCAGACUCCGUCCGCUCACCGCAGAUACACUGGGCCCAUACCGUCAAACCUCUUCACCCUCAACGACCUCUCCGACUGCAUGGCUGCUCGCCGCUGGCUGUGCGCCAACUUUGUGGAGCUGGAGGAUAAUGCCGUCGUCUAUGGAAACAGCAUUGAUGUCUACACCACCGUGGAGACUUUGCUCAGUCUCGGCAUCGAGGGAUCUCGUAUCCAUCUGGUACUUCCACCAUGCGAACCCCGCAGCUCCUGCUUCAGCGACCCAGAAGUGGAGAAGGCUGUGACGACGAGCAUGGAGAAGGCCAAAGUCCAGGUCCACCAUAACUGCCUGCUGGCUCAGAUGAACAAUGGCGAACACCCCGACCCUCUCUCAUCGGUGUCAUUCACCACAGACACAGAGCCCCUCCAUCUGCAGUGUGGAGUGUUCAUCAACUUCUUCAAUAAAGGAGUCGACUACGACGCCUUCAAGAGCAUCAUAAACUCCUUCCUGGUCUUUGAUAGCAGACUUGUCAUAAAGGCCGCUUUCCAUACCAGCGAUCCAGCCAUUUGCGGUGCCGGGCCUCUCACCAAAUUCUCUCGCUGCUACUACACAGACGAGUGGUCACACGCCCACUUCAACUCCAAGGAGGUGGGCCAGGACCUGGCGGCCAUGUUGCUGCCCCUCUUCGACCUGACGCUAGAGCCUGCUGAUGAAUCUCCACCUGAAAUGGAUCAUCUUAUACCGCUUUACAAACAGGCUAAGAUUCAAGGUGGGAAGCUGCCUGGAGGAUACAACUACCUGCACGUUACCAAACCGUUCACUACAGACCUGACAGGUCCUCCUGUUAAACACUUACAGGACAGCGGCAUCGUGACCGGACGAGUGGAGACGGGGAACUACUUCAGUUUACAUCUCGACUGCAACGAGCUGGUGGACACGCUCACCUGCCUGUCCCUGAAGCCCCUCCCUGUCUCUAAUUACCUGAGUUUGUACGGGAAACACCAGCAGCUGCUGGGACAGCUGUUGUCCCGCUACCACCAGGGCCUGAUCCAAGAUCUGUACAGUUUCCUCAGGCAGAGCUGGUGUUUGGCCGUUUAUCACGACAGAUUUUCCGACUUUGAGCAGGAGCUUCAGCAGAUCACCUCAACUCACCUGAAGGACGAUGAGUCGAGGCAUCAGGUGAUGUCGGAGGACGGCGAGGAGCCAAACGUCCUCCAUCAGGACGAGUUACAGGAAGAGAGUCGAGCAGCUGUGAGGAGCAGCGCUGUGAGAUAUCUGACCUACAACCGUAACCUGCUGCCCAUGUUCGCCUACCCGGGACAGCUGUGACAUCACAAGUGACAUCAGAAAGUUUUUAUUUAAACAUAGUGUCAUUAAAAUUGUGAGGAAAUGCUGA